AAUUGACAUUUCUUUUACGUUGUAGAGCAAUAAGAAUUACCUUCUAAUUUGAUUUUUAGUAUUUAGGAGCUAACUUUUGUGCAAAGAGAUGGAUGACUGCUGGGAUGAAGAUAGCGAUGAGAACUGCACAACAAACGGAAAUUCCAAUUCCCGAUGGGAAAAUAAAAUGUAUUCAGAUUCUUAUGUACAAGAACCCAAACGCAAUGAUGGAGCCGGAUCCCAAUGGGGUCGCGAAAGCUAUUUUUCGGAUAGAUCCAGGACCCAAGAACAGCAAGCAGGCAAUGCGGGUCGACAGUUUUCCCGCAAUAACGAUAGGAAUAGUCGCUACAGUAAUAAUGAAGAUUCUACAGAACUUCAAGUUGAUUCAGUUCAUGUCGGCAAAAUAAUUGGUCGUGGGGGUUCGAAAAUUAAAGAGCUUCAAGAAGAAAGUGGCGCUCGAAUCAAGGUAAUUCAAGAAGACAGAAGUGCUAGUACAGCUUGUGUUCGUUUAUUUGGCGCAUCCGAAGCUUGUGAAAAAGCCAAACAGUUGAUAGAGGAGCUAACUUCAGAUUUUCGCAAAUUUUCUACAGCGGAAACUCCGAAAGAAAACUACUCGUAUACAAAUAACACCAGCAACGGUUUUUGCAACUUUUCGUCUGCAGAGACUCCUCAAGAAAGCUAUUCAUAUACAAAUAGCAGUGGAGAUCAAAUUAUUGAUUGGGAUUUACUUAAUGCACGGUCUGAAGAAGCAAGGAAAAAGAAGCUUGCUGCUUUGCCUCGCAUAAUGAAGGACUUUUAUCAUGAAGACAUAGUGAUUUCCAAAAUGACUCCUAAGGAGGUUGCUGCUUUUCGUGCAGCUAAGAAUUCUAUUUCUGUGCUCAAAGUAAAACCAGAUGAUCAGAGGAGCAUUCCCAAUCCAAUUUCAGCUUUUGAGCAUGCCUUCAAGCACUAUCCCGAACUGCUUCGGGAACUCAAAAAUCAAGGGUUUACUACUCCAUCUCCUAUUCAGUGUCAGGCAUGGCCUAUCAUUAUGAAAGGAUAUGAUAUGAUUGGUAUCGCUCAGACGGGAACUGGAAAAACCAUAUCUUUCUUAUUUCCGGCCCUAGUUCAUAUUGUGGGGCAGGUGACUCCCAGGGAAAAACGCGUGGGGCCGAGCUGUCUCAUUUUAGCUCCUACCCGUGAACUUGCUCAGCAGAUUGAAACUGAAACCAAAAAAUAUUCUUAUCAUGGUAUUAGCUGCGUUUGUGUUUACGGUGGCGGAAGUCGAAGAAACCAGAUUGGAUUCAUUUCAAAAGGAGUCGACAUCGUUAUAGCCACUCCCGGACGUCUCAAUGAUUUAGUUAUGAAUAAUAUCAUUAACGUUACCGGAGUGACCUAUCUGGUUCUCGAUGAAGCCGAUCGAAUGUUAGAUUUGGGUUUUGAGCCUCAGAUUCGUAAAAUUCUGUUAGAUGUCCGUCCGGAUCGACAGACCAUCAUGACCAGUGCCACUUGGACAAGCAGCAUCCAAGAACUAGCUGCGAAGUAUAUGACUGACCCUUUCAAAGUGAAUGUUGGUGCUUUGAAUUUGGCUGCUGUUCAUUCAGUCACACAGGAAAUUAUAUUUGCCGAGGACGAUGACCGACGAGCGCUCAUGAAAGAAUUUCUUGACAACAUGGGUCCCCAGGACAAAGCAAUCGUUUUCGUCGAGCGAAAGAGCAUAGCCGAUGACAUCUCUAGUGACCUGAUCUUACGAGGUGUUGAAUGCCAAUCGAUUCACGGAGAUAGAGAACAAUACGACCGAGAGCAGGCCCUCAACGAUUUGAAAACUGGUUACGUUAGAAUAUUGAUUGCUACUGACGUUGCCUCUCGUGGUUUGGACAUAAAAGAUAUCACUCAUAUUUUUAAUAUGUAUUUUCCACGCAAUAUUGAAGAAUACGUGCAUCGUGUUGGUAGAACUGGAAGAGCUGGUAGGAAAGGAACUGCUAUUUCAAUUUUCACAAGGCAAGACUGGAUGCAUGCCGAACCUUUGAUUAAAAUUCUUGAAGAGGCUGAUCAGUUUGUUCCCGAUGAGUUGUAUAAUAUGGCUGAUCGAUAUCGAGCUUGGAAACGUAAAAAGGAUGCCGAAGAUGCUGCAUGUGGUGGCCGACGUUUCCGAGGAAAGCCUCGUAGAUUUUAAUCCCUGGAUGGCGAGUUGGAGUGUUGAAGUCAAAUCUUUGACUUUGCAACUUCUGGUCCUGGGUGGAUGUUGCUACUUAAGAAGCUAAAGAAAUUCUGCUGUUUAAGGGUGAUGUUACGUAAUUGCUGUUGGAUUUCGAAGUCUUUCAUUUCAUUAUACCGAAAAUUUUCUACAUCAAAAGAUAUUUGAGAUGUACAGUUAUGUUUUUG